AUGUCCAGUGGAGUUGAGGUCCCCGGAAGCCAACGACGUCCCGGCAUCUGGUCCUACUUUAGUUUCACUGGCCCACGCCGCCGCGUCUCCGUCUCCCUACCACGCAACGUCGACCCCAAUCGCGACGCCAGCGACCCCAACGCCAAAGCUGACCGACACUCGCGCCAUCGCUCCACGUAUUCGGACGCAUUCAUGAACGACCACAAGGGCAGCGCCGUCAUGAAUCAAGGGCAGCGCAUGCGCUACCUGAAGACAGGUGGCGUCAUUGCUUUCAUACUGCUUGUGUUAUAUUUCGUCGCACCGCGCGAUGGCAUCUCAAAACCGGCAGUAUCCCGUCCAGCAGGCGGCAACACAGCAGCUGGCGACGCAAAGGCCGAAUGCACAAAGUCCUUCUCCAAGGACAAGCCGCUCAUCCAGUAUGCCCUCAUGAUCGACGCCGGCAGCACCGGCUCCCGCAUCCACGUCUACAAGUUCAACAACUGCGGUCCCAGCCCCGAACUCGAGAGCGAGAACUUCGAGAUGACACCCAAGAGAGAUGGAGGCUCUGGUCUUUCGGCAUAUGGCGACAACCCAGAGGCGGCUGCCAAGAGUCUGGACGUGCUCAUGGACGUUGCGCUGAAGAACGUGCCCAAGGAAUACCAGUCGUGCACACCCGUCGCUGUAAAGGCAACGGCCGGUCUCCGCAAGCUCGGUGAGCAGAAGAGCAAUGCCAUCCUCGCCGCCGUGCGCCACCACCUCGACAACGACUACCCGUUCCCGCUCGUCUCGGAAGAGAAGAAUGGCGUCGAAGUCAUGCCUGGCGAGAUGGAGGGAGUAUACGCAUGGAUCACAGUCAACUACCUUCUAGGCAAGAUUGGCGGCCCGGAUAAGAACCCUACCGCCGCUGUCCUCGAUCUCGGUGGUGGCUCUACCCAGAUCAUCUUCGAGCCCACCUUCCCCGACACUCCCCGCGGCGGACUCCCCACAGAGCUAGCAAAGGGCGACCACAGAUACGAGCUCGACUUCGCCAACCAGAACUUCAAUCUCUACCAGCACUCAUAUCUAGGCUAUGGUCUCAUGGAAGCCCGCAACAACAUCCACAGCACCCUCCUCGCUGGCCUCCACGAGAACAACAAGGACAACAAGGAGUACCUCCAGAAGCCCAUCGUCAACCCUUGCAUCGCCCCCGGCAUGACACGCGAAGUCGAGGUGCAGAUGCCCAAGGGCCACGCACUAGGCGACUCCGUCACAGUCAACAUGACCGGCCCCGCCACCGCCUCGCCCACCCAAUGCCGCGGUCUAGCCGAGAAGACCCUCCACAAAGACGACGAAUGCGCCAUCGCACCCUGUGCCUUCCGCGGUGUCCACCAGCCACCAUUCGAGCAGACCUUCGCUUCCGAAGCCGUAUACCUCCUCUCCUACUUCUACGACCGCACCCAAGACCUCGGCAUGCCCGAGUCUUUCACCCUCCGCGAGCUACAAGAUCUAGCCAACAAGGUGUGCACCGGCGAGAAGGGCUGGGAUUCUUUCAACGCUGUGCCCAAGGCUAUUGAGGAGCUCAAGGGCAGGCCUGAGUGGUGUUUGGAUCUCAACUUCCAGUAUGAGCUGUUAAGGAGUGGGUAUGGUAUGCCGAUUGACCGUGAGGUCAAGAUUGCGAAGAAGAUCAAGGGUAAUGAGCUGGGAUGGUGUUUGGGUGCUAGUCUCCCGCUUCUUGAGGCGAACUCAGGGUGGCAGUGCAAGAUCAAGCAGGUUCAAUAA